AUGUGGCCAUUAACGAAACCUAAUAAUAUUGAAAUCGAACUAUUAGAAUCUGUUGUUUAUAUUGGCCCUCAUACCAGGACAAAUCCUAUUGUUCGUGGCGUUGUCCGCGUAUCGAACAAUCGAACAUCACAUAUUCACAUCUUGAACAUCCUAUUUGUAUGCGACAUAAAGACAAAAUAUUGCUACAAUAAUAAAUUUUCAUGCGACAAAAAGUCUAUCACAGGGGAUCGUUUGACUCUCUACUGUUCGCACCGGAAGCCUUUGGUUAUCAAUUCAGAUUCAGCAACACAACUUUCAUUUGAAAUGCCACUGCCAUCCGAGAUACCGGAAACGAUCAAUUGUCCGCAGAUUCAUGUCAACCAUCAUGUCACUCUCGAUGUUGAGUAUUAUUAUGAUCAAAGAAAGCUGUACCAACAGAUAAGAAAGCCGGUAAUCAUUGCCCGUUUACCCGAUUGUCGAAUGCUGACAGGUGAAAACUUGCUCGAGAUGAUCGAUAGCCGCAAGAACGAGUCCUCUUGGUGUCAAUACCGUAUCACAAUAAAAAAAAAGGCUGCGCCUCUUGGGUCUCGUCUACCUAUCCAAUUUGAAAUUGCUCCUCUCAUACCGGGUGUUAAGCUGAAAGAGAUUUAUGUACAACUCAUGGAACGCCGUACAGUCGUGCCUGAUGUUGACCGAGUAGAACGAACAACACAGUCCUGUUUCUUUAUCUAUCCUGUCAAGAAUUCAUCUUUUCAACUACCUACGAAUAUACUCGAGUCUCCUUGGGAGGCAACAGUAGAGUAUCAGCUACCUUCCAAAAUGGCCCAUUCGACAGAGACAUACCAAAACUUUUUUGUAAAUCAUCUUUUAUUGGUAUCUCUUGUCUUUCAAGUGCCCGAAAGUGAAAAUUCAACCAAGCACACAACAAAAUCGAUUUCCUUUUCUUCUAGUAUUGAUCUUUUACAUAAACAUACAGCAAAUGCAACAAGACUACCUACCUAUCACUCUCUUGUUUCAGCAGAUGAAACAAUACACAGACAUACCAUUAACUUAGACCAGCCUCCUCCUGAUUAUAAUGCCGUUAUAUAA